CAAAAACCGUCAUACCACAUAGCAACCCUAGAUCUAUCCCGCACCUCGUCCUAGCUUGCUAUGGCGUCCGUCGCAUUAAAGCUCUCACGGGGCGCUUGGACAAACACAAAUUCCGGCCGCUUCGCUCUUCGCCUACCCGGCCGCUAUCUCACUGGAGAUACCACCAUAACCGCCCGGUCGGGACCGUUACUUAGAUCCCCAAACACUGCCGCCGCCGCCGCCUUCACCAGCCCCUUGGAUUCCUUCCUCCGGCGCAGCAUCGCUACGCUCCCCUCCGGCGAGGACUCCCAUCUGCCUGUGGGCGCCGCACAAGAUGACCUCGACGACGAGCUCCGCCCUGACCCGGACACCGUUCCCUACUUCGACGAGAAGGACCUCGUCUCGGAUGAAACCCUGUGGGCUCUGUACGAGCGGUGGUGCCGCUUCCACGGAAUGGCGCGCGACCACGACGAGAUGACUCGGCGAUUUGGUCGUUUCAAGGAUACGGCGUGGCAUGUCCACGAGUUCAACAAGUCGGGAAGGAGCUACACCAAGGGGCUCACCCAGUUCUCCGAUUUGGAGCCAGAGGAGUUCUUCGGCCCUCGUCGCUGUCCGAGGACUCACAGAACUGGUAGUCGUUUCUUCACCAACGAUAGAGAUGAGGUCACGGCGAUCUGUACUGACGGGUGUCUUGAAAAAUAUGAGGGCCCGGUUUGGAUAAUCCGUGGUGUCAAACAGCCCUGAAGAAACGAUUGUAUACAGAAUUCAUCCGUAUCUAAUCAAAUCUAAGACAAGUAAUUGGAGACAUUAUUAUUGUAAUCUGCCAGCCAUUUGGAUACAAUGGAAAUGUGCUUGCUAGAUGGUAA